UGUUUGCAGCCUUUGUGUUUUAUCGCUCCCUGUCGCGAGGUUUGCUGUUUGGAGAAAGAAGCGUGCUUUCCUGGAACCAGGCUUCUGCUUGGCCGGGACGCGUUCCGGGACUCUGGGUUCUGCUCAGCCUGUCUGAGGCACAGAGUGCGGGGAUUCCCUCCGCCGUGGCCCCGCAGCCCACAGUCCCGCACACUCCCCUCCUGUGGGAGCGGGGAGAAGGGGGGGCAUGGCUCCAUUUCAUCACCGUGACCCGGAUUUCUGUUCCUCCCCUCACCUCCUCUGGCCUGACCGACCCACCAGCCCGUCGUCAUGAACUACCUUCGCCGGCGCCUGUCUGACAGCAGCUUCGUGGCCAACCUGCCCAAUGGCUACAUGAUGGAUCUGCAGAGGCCAGCCCCGCCCGGAUCAUCCAUUUCAUCUCCUGCCUCCCCGGCCACCGAGAGGCGUCAGCCCCCGAGCCUCCCGAGCCAGACCUCAGGCUCGGGUUUGAGUUCAGGUUCGGGCUUGGGUUCAGGCCCGAACCCGGCCUCAGCAGCGGGUUCGGGGAGCUUCCUCAGCUCCUUCUCCAGCGUGGUGAAAAGUGCCCAGAUGGCCCAGAACGUCGCCGCCGCUGCUCACGCUAAGUCAGCUGGAACUGCGGCAACUGAGGUCGCUUCUGCUGGAGGCGGUCAGCCCGCCAAGCCUGCGGUACGCAAACCCAAGAUCCUGCUGGUGGUUGAUGAUCAGCACACUGACUGGGCCAAGUAUUUUCGGGGAAAGAAGCUGAACGGAGAAUAUGAGAUUCGAGUUGAGCAGGCGGAGUUCUCAGAGAUCAACCUGGCCUCUUACGUCAACUCAGGAUGCAUGGUGGACAUGCAGGUCAACAAGGGUGGCUCCAAAGUCAUCAGGUCUUUUAAGCCAGACUUCGUCCUGAUUCGCCAACACGCCUACAGCAUGAUUCCCGGCGAGGACUUCAGGAAUGUUGUGAUCGGCCUGCAUUUCGGUGGCGUGCCGAGUGUCAACUCCCUCUUCUCUCUAUAUAAUUUCUGCAGCAAACCUUGGGUGUUUUCUCAAAUGAUUAAGCUCUACCACUCCCUCGGCCCUGAGAAGUUCCCCCUAAAUGAACAAACCUUCUACCCAAACCACACACAAAUGGUGAGUGAUUUCUGAAGUUAUUCCCUAGAAAACCACCUGAAACGCACAAGAGAUCACAAAAAGCCUUGUUUGGUCCGUUUUUCAUUGACUCUUUAUUAUAAAAAUAUAAAACACAGAAAUUAAGUCAAACAUUUAUCUACCCUUACAUGGUAACACCCCCACCCACCCCACACAAUUCAGGAAUCAGUGCUUACACACAGACUGUACACAGCUUUCUUGAUUUCAGUUUUUCCUCUUUUUUUUCCAUUUUAGUUUGAACUUGACCAAUUGUUUCUGUGUUAAGCAGACAGUAUAUUUACACAAACAGAAACCACAGAAAUAAUGACACAGAAAUGCCACAACUGGAGGAGGAACCCUAUGGACACUAAUGAAGACAAUUCGGCCCACAAAAAAGACUUAAAUUUGUGUUGCUUGAAGAAGUCGAGGCUUCUUAUUUGCUAGCUAUAAUUAACAGUUGGUUAGCUUAGCUUAAGAUUGUCAAGAAAUUUGGGUAAAAGCUCUCGCAAGAAUCUAAAGUUUUAUUUAAAUGUAAUUGUUUAAAAAAUGUUUUUUGCUUUAUGUAAAAAUUCGAGGCUAAAUGUUGAAAAACAAAUGGUUGCAUUUUAGCUAACAGGUGUUAGCAAAGCUAAUGUUUAGCAUCAUAUCCAACUGGCAGAACUUGGUAAUGUUGGUUCUUAGGCCUUCAAUAGAAACUUUGCUGAUUUUUAAAAAAAGGGUUGUUAAUCCAUUUGAGGCAAAUCAGCAUCCGCUAAUGGAAUGGACUGAAAGGAAGCUAACAAGAAAAAAAAAAAAAAUCCAGACUGGAGCAGGUGAAGAAGAAUGGUCUUAGUGACAAUAAAAUUACUAUCUUUUUUAUAUAUUUAUAUAUAAUGUUCAUUUAAAAUAGUUAAAUACAAAAGAUUGAAUAUACACUUAGAAAAUAUCUCAUACUGUGAAACCUGUUUAAACUGAACUAUCACCGGGUUGUUGAAUAGUACCAGCCAAGGGAAAUAUGAUCGAACA